AUGCUGACCGAGACCCGGCCCGGCCGUCCGGUCGUCAUAUCCCGCGGCCGCACACGCGCGCGACCCAUCGUGAUCACGCUGCUCGCCGCCGCCCUCGGCACCGUUUUGUUCUCUGCAGCGGCGAGACCGCGGCCGGCCGACGCCAACAUUGACCCGAAAAUUGCCGCCUUGCUCUCACCCAAGCCGCCCGACGCCAACCAGAACCCACACGCCAACUACAUCGCCCCAGACGCCAACUACGUUGACGUUGACCCCGACGCACCACCCGUGGAAAAGGGCGAGGUCUACUGGCCGCUCACCGGCGGAGAAGGCGAGUUGGUGGCGGAGGAGAAGACGCGCGAGCGGGGCAUCUUUGGCGGCGGCGGCCUCUUCGGCGGCGGCGGCACAAACGGCCAGUGCUCCUCGGAGGCGUACGCGUUUUGCUGCGGUGUCGGGACGACUUGCGUGUGCGGCAAGGGCAUGAGCACCCCCGGCCAGUGUGGCAAGGCGGCGUGGCUGUACUGCUGCGACGUGGGCACGCCGUGCUACUGCUCGCUGCCCGGCAAGAAGGUCCUCGAGCAGCAGGAGGACCGGCGGCGCGAGGAGGAGGAGGAGCGCCGGCGGCAAGAGGAGCGGGAGCGCCGUCGGCAGGAGGAGUGGGAGAGGAACCACCGGCGCCCUUGGACUUGGCAACGAGGCCACGUGUGCAUGGUCUGGUGA